AUGGUUUUGGCGACAGCAGUGGAUGAGGCUUCCGCCUUUUCAUACAUGAGAACAGGUUGGAAAAAAAAUAACAGAGAAAAGAAAGUAGCAGGAGUUGCAGAUCGUGACCUGCAGGCUGGAAGGAUUGAAGAUGGUGAAAUGAAGAGGACUUUUAAUAUGGGAAUUGGGAUGGUUUUGGUUGUUAGUAAAGAGGUUUCUGAAAGGGUUGUUAAGGAAGGUGAGAUGGUGUAUCGUAUUGGUGAAGUCUUUUCAGGUCUUGAACCUUCACAAACAAUGAUUCGACACUUAGUAGAAAUGGAGAUUGAUCGUAUAAACACAUCACAUCCGAAUUUUAUUGGAGGAAAUCAAGUAGUGGAGGUUGCUUCACAUCAAGUUAGGUCAUAUAGGUUGGGUUCAACAACACCUAGGACAAGGGAUGGAGAAGAUUAUGAAGCUUCCGGAAGCAAUCGGAGAUCUACUCUAUUGUUGUUAGAUCUCCAACCAAUGGAAUGGUUCCUGAUCAGGGGAUACCUUUCAGAACAUCACAUGACAUAG